AUGGCCACAGAAAUCAAGGUUGAAAUCAUCCAAAGGCAAACAGUUAAACCAUCCUCCCCAACUCCUCAUCACCUUAGAAAUUAUAAGCUCUCUAUUUUGGAUCAGAUGGCCCAUCAAACCUACAUCCCAAUCCUUCUCUUCUAUCCCAAUGCUGCUGAUGCUACUAGCAACAAUGUCAUGGCCACCAAUGAAAGAUCUAAAACUCUCACUCACUUCUACCCUUUGGCAGGAAGAAUCAAAGGUGACGCCGCGAUUGAAUGUAACGAUGAUGGAGCUGAGUUUGUGGAAGCCCCAGUCAAGUGUUCCUUAUUGGAGAUUUUCGAACACCCAGAUGCCGAGAUGUUAAGACAAUUCCUACCAGUUGAACCAGAGUCCAGAGAAGGGGGCACCGGCACGUUGCUUCUUGUUCAAGUCAACUUGUUUGAGUGUGGUGGAAUGUCAAUUGGGUUUAGCGUUUCUCAUAAGUUUGGUGGUGCCACAACAUUAAGCACAUUCAUCAAUUGUUGGACUGCAGCUGCCCAUGAUCAGUCAAAUAUGUUAAUGCUUCCCAAAUUUGGUGCUGCAUCUCUGUUUUCUCCACUAAAUUUCUCUAACUCAGAGCCACUGCCAUCUGUGGAAGUCGAUAAGGAAAAGUUCAUAAGAAGGAGGUUUGUGUUUGAUGCCUCAAAGAUUGCUGCUCUCCAAUCAAAGGUAACCAGCUCAGUUGUGCCCAAACCAACAAGUGUAUAA